AUGGAGUCAUCCCACAAGCACUACCGAACCAAGCAUCCGAAGCCCUUCCGGAGGUACUCCAGGGGAGAGCUCUCCCCGCGAAGAGAGCAGCACCAGGUGCAGAACAAGUUGGACUUGCUGUUGGAUCCUGAGGCAGAUAGGUAUAUUGCUUCCUCCUUUGUACCUGAUAUUGAGGACUACCCGUUGCCCGCGAAAUUCAAAAUACCGAGCACGAAAUCUUAUGAUGCAACCACGGAUCCGGAGGAUUACCUGUUCGCCUUCAUGAGGCAAAUGCGCUUGCAAAUGGCCGCGGAUGCGGUCAGGUGCAAGACUUUUCCAAUGUUCCUGGAGGGAAAGGCACGUCAAUGGUUCCAGGGGCUUCCCCCCAGGUCUAUCCGAUCCUUCGCCCAACUCGCACGAUUAUUCUCAGCACAGUUCGUUUCGUCGCGAGCCUUCUCCAAAAGCACUGCUCACCUGAUGACCAUCCAGCAGAAACCUGAAGAAUCCUUGCGCGAGUUCAUGGUACGUUUCAAUAAUGAGUCCCUCCAGAUCCGCGAUCAGGAUGACAAGGUGGUCAUGGCCGCAUUCAUCAACGGGCUGCGAAAACAGAAGCUCUACACCAAGCUCGUGGAAAGACCUCCCAAGUCAGUGCGCGAGAUGCUGGACCGAGCUCAUGAAAAAGCCAACACGGAGGAGGCCAAUCGCCUGAAAAGCGCGCAGGAAAAGUUAAGGGAUGAUAAGCGCAGAAGGAACACUGACCAGAUGGACGCGCGACACAGCCAGGAACGGAAGAACGCCUACGAUCGCCUGCCCAGGAGUCGCCCCAUGGGAGGAGAUAAGUUCUGGACUGCCCUUACUGCACCUCGAACUCGGGUACUCGCUGUGAUGAAACAAGAAGAACUCUCUCGACCUCCCCGACCCUUGAUCGGGGACAAGAGCAGGCGGGAUCAGGGUUUGUAUUGUGCGUAUCACCGAGAUGUGGGACACGAUACGGAGGAUUGUCGCCACCUCAAAAAAGACAUUAAAAAGUUGAUCAGACUGGGCCACCUCGGGUAG